AUGGCGUGUUCGGGGCCCCGGUCCCGGUUUGCGGGGCUCUGUGAGCCCCAGUGCCCGCCGAGGGACUGGGCUGGGUGGGAUCCGUGCCUAGCGCUCGGCGAGGGCCCGGAGCCUGAUGAGGAGCCCGGUGUGGGGGUCUUUAACGAGCCGCGGUGGGGGACUCGGGAGGCUGUGUCCCGGAACCCAGUCAGGAGUCCCGGGCUGCCGGGCUAUGUGAGCCCCGCUGUCCGCCUGGCCCGCCGCCUGCUCCUGCUCUGCGGGCAGCACCUGCAGAGCUUCCUGCGGGCACGGGAUGCCCUGAGGGCCGACCCCAAGGGCGGCCGGACGCUGUGGAGGGAGUACAGCCGGCUGGCAGGGCCGCACCCCGCUCUGCUGAGCCCCGCAGCCGAGGUGGGCUGUGCCCGGGCCGCUGUGGACACGCUGCUGCGGGCGCUGGUGCCGUGGCCGCACCUGGAGACACGGACAGGACGUUUUGUUGUGGUGGAGCUGGUGGCCUGCAAUGUGCUGCUGCCGGCCAUCAGGAAGAUGUCUGAUCCCGACUGGAUCAACCUGCUGCUCAUUGGGGCUUUUUCCAAGAAGCCCCGGGGUGGGAAGCCCCACCCUGCACCCCCAGUGCCCGACUCCUUGCCUUUCCCGGCGCAGACGGACGCAGCUCCCGCCGGGUUUCCCCCGUCCCCGAGGGUUGCAGAGGGGCUCAGGAGAGAAGCAGGGGCUGCUGGAGAGGAGGGAGAGGAGGUGAGCAGGUCAUGCCAUGCAGAGGAACCCUUCCUGCACCCCCAAGCCCUGGGAUCGCUCUUCCCCUGUGAGGGUUUGGAGCUGGAAUCCCCUGUGCCUGACGUGGGCCAGGACACGGAGCUGCUGGCUCCCUCCCCCGCUGGAGAGCUCCUUGAUGAACCCCCCCAGGACCCCUCUGUACCAGAGGGACCACCUGUCUCGGAAGAUGGCACAGGGGACCUGGACCAGGGCCCUGGCCCCAGCUCAGAUGUUGGCCUGCUUCCCACAUCUGCUUUGAGCUCCUGCCCUGACAUCCAGAUCGAGCCAGCGCUUGAGAAGGAGGAGGAAAGCCCAGCUGUCCCCAGGAGGUUCUCCUCACAAAGACCCUCCAGCCUGGGGAGAGAUCUGGGGGCAGCAGAGGGCCCAGCACAGUUUCCCCCAGAGCCCGGGCAGAGCCUGCCCCUGCUCUCAUCCUCCCCGACAGCUUCCAUGAGCACCUUCAGCUUCGAGCCCCUGAGCAGCCCCGACGGGCCGGUCGUCAUCCAGAACCUGCGGAUAACCGGGACCAUCACGGCCCGGGAGCACAGCGGGACCGGCUUCCACCCCUACACCCUGUACACCGUCAAGUAUGAGACAGCCCUGGAGAGCGAGGCCGCGGGCAGCCUGCAGCAGGUGGCUUACCACACCGUGAACCGCCGCUACCGCGAGUUCCUCAACCUCCAGACCAGGCUGGAGGAGAAGCCGGAGCUCCGCAAGUUCCUGAAAAACAUCAAAGGCCCAAAGAAACUAUUCCCUGAUCUGCCAUUUGGAAACAUGGACAGCGAUAAAGUGGAAGCCAGGAAAAGUCUGCUGGAAUCUUUCCUGAAGCAAUUGUGUGCAGUCCCUGAGAUUGCAAACAGUGAGGAAGUUCAGGAAUUCCUGGCCCUCAACACCGACGCCAGGAUCGCCUUCGUCAAGAAGCCCUUUGUUGUCUCCAGGAUAGACAAGAUUGUUGUCAAUGCCAUCGUGGACACCUUGAAGACGGCGUUCCCCAGGUCAGAACCCCAGAGCCCCACGGAGGAUCUGAGUGAGUCAGAAGUGGAUGGGAAAUCCCAGACAGACGGGAAGAAAGCGACCAAGUCCAGGCUGAGGUUCUCAUCCAGUAAAAUCACUCCGGUGCUGAGUGUGAGUGAAGCUCACGACAGGAUCGUGUACUCCAUCAGGGAGGGCAGCGCUGUCUCUGGCAGCCUGUCACUGGCUGCUAUGGAAUCCUUCAUCCAGAAGCAGGAGAAGCUGCUGGAAGCAGCCCCCAGCAAAGCUUCUGAAGGCGAGGGAGGCAGAGAAGCCAAGGAAAUCUCUGUGCAGGAAGAAAUGGAUGGGCUGAGCACAGCAGAGCAGGGAGCACAUGUGGACACUGACCCGGACUCUGAGACAGCUUUGGCUGACCUGGCCCUGGACGUGCUUCGUCUGGUGCUGGUGGAUCACUGGAGCUGGCUGUGCACAGAGAACAUCCAGAAGGUUUUCAACCUGCUCUUUGGGACCCUUGUUCAAAGGUGGCUGGAAGUGCAGAUGGUCACCCUGACCUGCACCCAGCGCUGGGUCCAGUACCUCCAGUUGCUGCAGGAAUCCAUCUGGCCUGGAGGAGUUUUACCAGCAGUGCCUAAACCCCCCAGGACAGAGGAGCAGAAGAAGGCAACAGCAGAGCAGGCCCUGCAGAGCCUGAUGGGGAUCCUGCCCAAUGUGAUCCAAGAAAUCCUUGGGACCAGUAAGUGUCGGAUGAGCUGGAACCUGGUGCUGGAGUCUCUGAGCCAGCCUGUGAUAAACAGGCACCUGGUGUUCUGCCUCCUGGACAUUCUGCUGGAGUUCUUGGUUCUGAAGGAGCCUGAGGCUACAGCUGCCACACCGUGUGCCUGCAGUGGCCUGGACAAAGGUGUCCCAGCACUUUAACCAGGGCUGGUGCCCCAGCAGUGGAGAAGUGCCACAGGCAUGGAGGGACUGGAUUUUCAGCCUUUAUUGAACGUGCCUGGAAGCUUCUUGUAAGGAAUUUCUCCAGCCAGUGCUAAAUGAAGCUGCUUCCAGGCUUCUCUGUUCCAGCUGGGUGGUGGAUCAAACCCAGAGUGAGGGGUCAAAGAUGUUGUGCAGCAUCUGUUCCAUUGCUGACCUGAUGGAGAGCCUGGAAUGAACCAGCCUGACCAGUUGGAGAAGGAUCCACAAACCCCAAGGGCCUUGUCCCAACCUUCUGAACAUCUCUAACAUCUACAGGCAGAGAAGGCAGAUUUGCUUUUGUGCUGUGGGGUCCAGCUGGCACUGAGAGAGUUGGUGUGGUGGGAUCUUGCUGAUGAAUGUUUCUGCAGGUGAAGGGAGGUGCAGUGCUGUCCCUGCUGUCUGAGCAGCCUGCCCUGUGCCUGCUCUGCACCACCCACAUCGCCAGAAGGAAGAUGGGGAAAGGAUGGAGUGUGGAGAUGUGGCCUGAACUUCAGCAUCCAACUGCCCAAAUACCUGGAGGUGAGAGCAGGGCUCAAAGGUGCUGCCCUGCCUUAGGGACACAGAUCAGCUGCUUCUCUCUUCCACUGCUCUAGUUCUCCACUGAACAGUAGGGUGCAGGCAGGCUGUGAUCCUGGGAAAGAGACUCUCCUCUGGCUGGGGAGGAGUGGUAGCUUGGCUGAACUUCAGGAUUCGCUUAUACUGUGCUUUCUGAGUCACCUCUUAGUCCCUAGGACAGUCACCUGGAAGGCCCAGGACAAAAGGAGCUGACCCAUGUGGGACACAGCAAGUAAAUCAGCUCUGGAUGAUUUACUUCCAGCUCAGGAAGCUGUGGAAGAGGAAUGAGUACCCUGAGCCCAGGGGGAAUCCUGGGUGUGUGUCGUGGACAGGCAGUGGGUUAGACCCCAGCCAAGGGCCUGUGAGCACUGCCUGAGCCCUGCUGUUCAUGGCUGUGUCACUGGGCUUUGCUUUGUGGUGCUGCUGCUGCAGCUCCAUGCAGGGCUCUGGGAAACUGCUCAGGUCAUGGAACGUGGAUUUGGAGCUGCUUCUCCAAGUUGUCCAAGACUGGAGUGGUUUUGUGAGCAUUUAAUGUUGCUGAGCAAUCAGGUUCCUGUGAGUGCAGGAGGACUCAGAGUGUGCCAACAGACCAGUCUGGUGACCUUUGGUGUAUUUUCUGGGAGAAACAGGGGCUGACCAGUGCUGGCUGUGGCUGCUGGAGGUGUUCUCUGCAGAUCAAAGGAGACACCAUGUGUAGUGUCUGUGCUGCAGGACCAGAUGCUUUCAUCUCUCACAACCAUGGAAGAGUUGGUUCUGCAUGCCUGCAGUUUCUUGGAGCUGGAUGCUCCACGGUGUGUUUGGACAGAAGGCAUUUUAACUCCAACAUUCCUACUCUGCUCUUCCCAAAGGAGCUGCUCAAUAAUGGAUACACAACAGUGUGAGCUCCUCUGUGCUUCUGCUGUGUGAAAAUACAGGGAGGGAUCAUUUUGCUGCAAGCAAA